AUGAAUAUCAAUCCAACUGAUAAAGCGCAACCAGACGCUGGUGAAAACGUAUUAUUAGAACAAAGACUCGCCGUAGAAUCCAUUCGAACGUUUUUAAAUUCCAAAACAUCAUACGAUGUGUUACCGGUCUCCUAUCGUUUAAUCGUCUUAGAUACAUCAUUAUUGGUGAAAAAGUCACUAAACGUAUUAUUACAGAAUAAUAUCGUGUCUGCCCCAUUAUGGGAUUCUCAAACUUCUAGAUUUGCUGGGUUAUUAACCUCUAGUGAUUUCAUUAAUGUUAUUCAAUAUUAUUUUUCUAAUCCUGAUAAAUUUGAACUUGUUGAUAAAUUACAAUUAGAUGGGUUGAAAGAUAUCGAAAGAGCCAUUGGAGUGGACCCAUUAGAUACUGCCUCGAUUCAUCCUUCAAGACCUUUAUAUGAGGCAUGUAUUAAAAUGAUGGAAUCAAGAAGUGGGAGAAUACCAUUGAUUGAUAAGGAUGAAGAAACUCGUAGAGAAAUUGUCGUUAGUGUCUUAACACAAUAUAGAAUAUUGAAAUUUGUUGCAUUAAAUUGUAGAGAAACAAGAUUUCUGAAAAGACCCAUUGGUGAUUUAAAUAUUAUUUCAGACCAAAAUUUAAAAAGCUGUAACAUGACUACCCCUGUCAUUGAUGUAAUUCAAUUGUUAACUCAUGCAGGCGUCUCGUCUGUGCCAAUUGUUGAUGAAAAUGGUUUCCUAGUUAAUGUUUAUGAAGCUGUAGACGUUUUGGGCCUAAUUAAAGGUGGUAUUUAUAAUGAUUUAUCAUUGACAGUGGGAGAAGCAUUAAUGAGAAGAAGUGAUGAUUUUGAGGGUGUCUAUACAUGUACAAGGAACGAUAAAUUAUCUACCAUUAUGGAUAAUAUUAGAAAAUCAAGAGUGCAUAGAUUUUUCGUUGUAGAUGAAGCUGGAAGGUUAAUGGGUGUGCUGACAUUAAGUGAUAUUUUGAAAUAUAUUCUACUGGGAACUAAUUGA